AGGAGAGACCAUUGUUGUCAUCAUGAGGAAGCUCCUGGUUUGUGCCGUGCUCAUUGCACUUCUUGCCAUCGGUGCAGAGAGUAGCCGCGUGGUCAGGCAGGCUGAGGAGGAGGGAGAUGUGCCCGCCCCAGUCGAGGAGGAGGCUGUGGCCGCACCAGCUGAGGAGGUAGAUGUGCCCGCCCCAGCUGAAGAGGAGGCUGCACCCGCUCCGGCUGAGGAAGAACCUGCACCCGCUGAGGAAGAAGCUGCACCCGCUCUGGCUGAGGAAACACCUGCACAAGCUGAGGCACCCGCCCCAGUGGAGGAGGCCCCACAUGCAGAAGAACACAGCGCACCCGCUCCAGCUGAGGAGGAGGGCACCGCAACCAGAGUGAUGAACACCCUCAGAUCCUACUACGACCAGACCCUCAACACCGCCUCUGGAUACCUGGAGGAUAUCAAGGGCUUGAAACUGGAGGAGAAAGCCAAGAACCUGUACGUAGACACCAGCUCAACUGUGAAGACCUACGCUGGGGUCAUGCAGGACCAACUGUACCACAUGAUCGGGUCCCAGUAA